AUGCAGUUAUUUAUACAGAGACCUGGUAAAUAUAUGAAUGAUUUCUCACGUGAAUUCGAAUCAACAUUCAUGCGUAUAUUCUCAACACGUUACAGAUCAACAAGGGUCUUGGCUAACCAAGUGUAUCAGGAUCUAAUAUCAGAUAAACAACAUGUACAUAUGAACUCUACAGCUUGGUGUACUUUAACUGGUUUUGUAUUAUAUUUGGGUAGAACAGGAAAGGCUAAGAUAGAGAAGACUGAAAGAGGAUGGUAUCUAGAGUAUAUAGACAGGGAGAGGAUUGAACGGGAAGCUAAAUAUGAAGCUGAUAAGAAGCAGGAAGCAUGUGAGGAAAAGCAAGAAGAAAGGCGUAUAGCAAAACAAGUUCGCAUGGCUAAGGGUAAAGCAUCGGCGGGAGAGGAUGAUAUAACAGAAGUUGAAGCAACUACUGUUGAUAGAAAAGAUGAGAAUGAUAAGAUACAAUUAGCGGUUACCAAUCUUAUUAACGCUAAGAGGAGUAGUGGAAAGAUGUCUUCAAACAUUACACCAAAAGUCAAUGUAUUAGAAGAGGCAGCUGCAGUUAAGGCAGCCAAAGAUGAGGCUGAACUAUGGAUGAAGAUGGAGGAUGAUGAUGAUAAUGAUAUGAUUAUGAUUAGUGAUCAUGAUGAUGAUGCGGAGAAGGAGAAGUAUAGCCGGGCCCAACCAAUGGUAAAGAGGCAACGUAAGAUAGAUAGUAACACUGAGAUUAUGAAGAAAGAAGAAGAAGAAGAUAUACCAUCUGAUGCAUGGCUUAUGAAGGGUCUCAUUGUUAAAGUACUCAACAAAGAUCUAUGUAAUGGUAAAUAUUAUAAAAGUAAAGGUGAAAUAAGGAAAGUAUUAUCACCAUAUGUAUGCCAUGUUAAAAUACUAAAAAGUGGUGAUAUAUUAGAAUUGGAUCAAACAGAUCUACAGACUGUUACACCUGCUAAUGGUCGUACUAUACAAGUAGUCUUAGGUCAAUACAAAUAUCAAUUUGGUGUAUUGAAAAGUGUGGAUCCUACUACUGGGUCGUGUACUAUAAUAUUAGUAGGAGAAGAAGGAGAUAAGACUGAUAAGGAAGUUAUAUUACGUCCAGAUGAUAUAUGUAAAGUUUAA